GUGAAGGGAUCAUAAUGUGGCUGUGCAAAAUGUUCAGGUGAGUACCACGCAACAUAGAAUAUUGCAUUGACCAGUCCAAGCGUUGGGCUUUAGGGAACCUAUGCAGCUGAGCUUCGUAAACGCUUUGCUGCGCCCAACGGCUCAUCUUGGUUUACGAGCUUGCCGCACAUUUUCGACUGUGUCAUAUCCUCUAGUCAACUUCUCCAGAAGAACAGUGCCUAGGUCAUGCAUUGCUUCUGAAGUUACCAGUACACCUCUCCGGUUCUCAUCACUCUACCGAAGAUGUUAUUCAGUCGCCGCGCAGCGAAAGCCAACCGUCCUUCAUUCUCUUGAGCCCCGAUUCUUCUCUGCGAACGCGUUUCAUGCUGCUGCACAGACAUCACAAUUACCCGUGCUUGCUCCGCCCGCAGUUGGGGGCUGGCUCUUGUUCUCAUCACUGAUGGUUUUUGCGGUGAUAGUGGUGGGAGGAGUAACGCGCCUCACCGAAUCAGGUUUGAGCAUCACAGAAUGGAAGCCCACCACGGGCAUCAUUCCACCUAUGAAUGUGGAGGACUGGAACGCUGAAUUUGAGAAGUAUAAGGCUACCCCUGAAUUUAAACUCCUCAACCAUUCUAUCACCCUCGAUGAAUUCAAGAACAUUUUCUACAUGGAAUGGGGUCACCGUGUACUAGGGCGUCUUAUUGGCAUCACAUUCGUGGUCCCUCUGGUUUACUUUGGUCUACGGAAGAAGCUCACUACAUCGAUGCCUGUUCAAUUGACGGGCAUGGCACUGCUCAUCGGUGUACAGGGUUUCCUUGGAUGGUAUAUGGUGAAAUCAGGCCUGGAAGACUCCAUCAUGGAUACGCCGGGCGCAGUACCGCGCGUCUCUCAGUACAGGUUGGCCGCUCAUCUUGGCACAGCUAUAGUGCUGUACGCAGGGAUGCUUGGAACAGGGCUAGCAGUGAUAAAAGAUUGGAAAUACGCUAACGGCGGCCCGUGGAGCGGGUCGAGCACUAUGAAUUGGCGGGACGUGCUUUCAAAUCCCGUUGUGAAGAGGUUCUCUCGGCUAUCCAAAGGGCUAACUGCACUAGUCUUCCUGACUGCUUUAUCAGGCGCGUUCGUGGCUGGGCUAGAUGCUGGUCUCCUAUACAACGAAUUUCCGCUUAUGGGGGGUCGACUUGCACCUCCCCUGGACGAGUUGUUCUCAUCCGCCUACGCAAAGAAUGCCGAUGGAUCUGAUGUCUGGUGGCGAAAUAUCUUGGAGAAUCCCACUACUGUUCAGUUCGAUCAUCGAGUUCUCGCGAUGACUACGUAUCUCAGCACUUGUCUGCUCUUCGCUUACAGUCGGCGACCCGCCAUCCGUGCGCUUCUACCACCAUUAGCUCGCACAUCCAUUACGGCAGCCUUUGCCAUGGCAAAUGUUCAGGUUCUUCUGGGUCUCGCAACAUUAUUAUACCUUGUCCCUGUACCCAUUGCAGCGGCUCAUCAGGCGGGAAGCAUUGUUCUCAUGAGCAUGAUGGUGCACUUACUAGUCUCGUUGCGCAGGCCAGGUUUAGCUGCACAGAUGUGGAGGAAAGCUGGGAUGCAGGCAAAGAGCUCUGGCAUGUAAGACAUGCUGAACCAGACAUUUUAGAACAGCACAUCACCACUCGCUUAUCAUUAUUCGUAUUGCAUCUGAACCAAACCAUGACUUCCGUCCAUCUCAUUGACAGU